AUGUCGGUUUCCCGAUCGUUUUCCCCGGUUUCCCGAGGCUGCGGCCCGGGCCGAGGACACGCCGUGACCUUGACCGACCGCGGCGAUGCUCGGGGGCAGCCGCGCUGCGCCGGGACAACGGCCGGUACCGGCGACACCGGGUCCCCCCCCGCCCCUCAGAAACAGGCAGUAGGAGUCGGGCCGGGCGGCCGCCGGACGCGCCAUGAACAUCAUCAUCGGCAUCGGCGGCCCCAAGAUGAAAUAGAAGUUGAAGAUGGGUUUAAACAGUAUGAUGUGAUAAGUGCAUUAGAUAUGGAAGCUAUGAUGAGUACCAUAAAUGCUUGGAUAAAAAACCCUGUCAAGUUUGAACGUUCUCAUGGGAUCAACAACACACUGGAUGCCCAGAUCUUGGAAGAUAAGGAGGGAGGAGAUGAAACAAUCCACAUUCUUAUUGUUGAAGGCUUCCUACUUUACACCUACAGGCCAUUGAUUGAUGUGUUCCACCAUCGGUACUUUCUCUCCAUUCCAUAUGAGGAGUGUAAAAGGAGAAGAAGUUCAAGGAAUUACACUGUACCGGAUCCACCUGGAUUGUUUGACGGCCACGUUUGGCCUAUGUAUGUAAAGCACAGGAAGAUAAUGGAAGAACUUGGAGUUGAUGUGGUGCAUUUGGAUGGGAUGAAAUCAAAGGAGGAGCUGUUUAAUGAAGUGUAUGGGCAGAUCCAGAAUAAGAUUGAAGAAUUGCUUAACACCCAGAAAUAAGCUGCUGCUGCUGAUUCUUGUGAAUGAAGAUGAUUCCUGUUUGCUCCAUGCUACCUGACUGCCUCUAAAGUUCCAGCUUCUGUGAAGACUCAACUCUCAAACUCAACUUUGUUCAACCUUUCCCUUGAAAAUGGAGUUCUAUAUGGUCAUAAUUAAAAAGCAUUUCCCCCUUG